AUGGGAGCUGAUAUGGCGUCCCAAAAUUCCGAAACGACCCCUGCCAAGCUCAGUGCCCCCAAGGACAAGAAUUGCAUUUAUUGCAAACAAGCUUUUACCUCCUCUUCGCUCGGCCGGCAUCUCGACCUCUAUAUCAAAGAGAAGAAUCCCAAACCACCGGAUGGCCUUCACGAUGUGGAAGCUAUACGGAAGUUGCGAGGAGGCAUUACGAGGCGGCAAGCCCGCGGCUCUCUUGGUGCGCGCAAGGAUUCGACUCCCGCUGGGACACCAAGACCUGCCCCGAAAUGGGAAACUUCCAACCAAGAGACUGAGUCAAUAGGUGCUGCACCUAUACCGAAAGACGGCAUUUAUGCAGUUGACUCGACUCUUGGCAAAUUCCCCUUUGUCCCGAGGUGGGAAGCUACUGGCGUCAUCAAUGAUAUUCCCCCUAGGGGCUCUUUGGAUGGGGAUGCCGGGCCAGAUCCAGCGAAACGCCCGCCGAUGCAACGGACAGUAAGCAAGCAAGCAGCCCAAAAGGCCCAAUUCGAUGUGAAGCAGAAGCUGUCAGAUGCUAUGGACACCGCCCGAGCUGCAGAACUUGCCUUGCGAGAGCUUCUGGGCUCGUGGAGGGCAGCCAAGUAUGUGUCUGUCUUGUUUCCGUAUAAUGAGACAACUUUCCAGAAUUGCGUUCUAACAGGCCACAGGCAACAUAUUGAUAAUAGCUCUAUGCCAUUCGGCUUUGAUCCCCUCUCUCUCGACUUUCCAGCUCUUACAUUACAGUGCCUGCACCCGCCGCCAACCCUUUUUUCUUCCACACAGCAUCCUACGUCCACAUCUUGGUCCGUGCAAUCCCCGGGACUGCGAGAGUUUAAAGCCUUGAGGUCAUACUUUAAUGAGGAGUUUAGAGCUUGGAAAGUGACGUGUGCAGCUGCCACGACCGCGGCGUCUGAGGAACUCGCCUACCCCCCGACAGGACAUUUGCAGGAGGACACCCGUGACGCUGUCAAAAAGGCCGAGAAAGCAGCGGAAAAUUUAGAGAAGCAGGUGGGAGAACACCUGCAAUCCGCAUACUCUGUAUGGAAUUCGCUGCCAGGGCAGCGGCAACAAGAGCUUUGGAUCCUAGAACUUGCGCGAGGGGUUGGCAGGAAGCACAAGGAAAUGGAAAUCAUGAAAGAGCAGCAGCAUCGAUUGAAACAAGAGAAUGCACACUUAAAGAUGCAGAUUGAUCAGCUGAAUCGCCUGCAACAGCCCCGCGAGUUCAGGCUCCUGUCACCGUCGACCAUCCCGAUAGAUCGCGAUGUGAUUAGUUAUGCAUAUGAGCAAGGCGUGAGAGGGGGCAAGUGCGUCGGUUUCGACAUGGAGGACCGCCACAUGGAUGUCGCAACAGUUGUCGCCAAGUCUAUUGAAAGGUGGAAGAAUGUAAUCAUGUCGACUCGUGCAACCUCGAGUGGAAUGAGUGCACAACGGCCACUGGAUCAAUCAGCUCAAACACCGGUCAAUUUGAAUGGUCCAUCGAGGUCAAAAUCACAAGGUCUGUCUCAGACGACGCAGCAGCAGCAACAACAACAACAACAACAACAACAACAACAACAACAACAACAACAACAACAACAACAACAACAACAACAACAACAACAGCAGCAGCAGCAGCAGCAGCAGCAACAUAAUCAACCUCCAGCUCAAACUAAUAACACUGGCGAAAAGAGAUUGUCCACUGUCAGUACGUCUGGACCUGUCAGCGAACAUACGGCCCCAUCCACCAGCACGACCGGUCCACCGUCGAUCGCGGAGGAGGAGGAAGGAGAUGAAAAUGAAGAUGUCAGUGAUCAGGAUGCGGAUGCCGAGAUGGAAGACGACGAUAGCUUUGCCAUUAUGAAUUCCUCUCCAGCAAAGAAUGCCCACGCACCAAUGCAACAAACCGCGACGCUUGAAGUCCCACGUACCCGAGGCCUGGUCCACCAUCAAGGAGCUCCGCCAGACAUGCGGUUCAUGAUGCAAAAUGGAGCGGGCAGUCCUGUUGGCCGGUCAGCUAUGACAAUGACCAGGUCAAUGCCAAAUAUGAACAUGGCAAUGCAGGGAAAUCAUGUGCAUGAUGGCGACAUGCCCAUGAUGCAGCAAGUACGUGGAGAUAUGUACAUGGAGCAAUGA